UGUCUGAGAGUCACGAAACGCUGAUGAGCAGAGGACCGACUGGAUGAAGCAGAGGCAGGGGAGGAGUCCUGCUGACAAGGUGAACCCAUAAAGCUCGGUGUUUUUUUCCCCCCCGACCUGCAGAACAGAAGCGGAGCCGCGAAUCGCGCCUCUGUCCCCGGGUGACGGUCUGAGCGCAGCCGCUGGAAUGAUCCCACAGACACGGGAGGGAGGAUGCGUUUAUCCGCAGGUUUCUGUAGAUUUCGGGCUUAGAGUUCGCCGCCACGGAAUGAGUUGAGUGCGUUACUCCAUCGGGAACGGCAGAGGGAUUCAAGCAGAGCGGUGGGAGAACGAGGGGUCUUGCCGGGAUUUCAGCUUCCCGGCAGCUUGGAGGGACCCCCACCCCCCGAAGGGAUCAGCUGUUGGGCUGUUUGCGGAUGAAGACAUCACUGUGGACUUUGGCGCUUCUGAUUGGAUGUGACCUACAUUCAACCAUCCAAAGAUCACAACCUGAAGGGAUGCUGUUUGUUUUUUCUCUGACAAGAAAAUGUUUUCAGUCGUGUGAAACCUGCAGAGUUCCAUGGGGGCUUUAAGUGGAUGUUUGCUGCAGUAACGAGGAGGAAAAGCCAGAUUUUGUCUGGGAUUCAAGCAACACAUCUAACACUAAAACAUGGAUUUUUUAGCACUUAAAUGAACAUUAAUCUCAGACUUUUGUUUCUAUUUUUAACGUAAUACUUUGAUUUAUUUCAGACUUCCAACUUGACGUUUAGUGUAUUUUUCACUCUAUAGAAAUCAGUUUCAAGCUAUAUUACCUUCCAUGUGGACAGUCUUUUCUCCCUUAGAUAAAUCCUGUCCUGUUGCAGCUUUUAUUGUUGUGAAGAAUAUAUUUUUCUGUAUUAGGAAUAUUAUAUAUUUUUCAUCGUCUAUUAAAAAAACGUUUUCUUCCUCGUGGUGAGAACCUGCCACUCUUUCCGUCACUGCCAUGGUGAUGUCACAGGGCACCUACACCUUCCUGGCCUGUUUCGCCGGCUUCUGGUUGGUCUGGGCCCUCAUCGUCAUGCUGUGCUGCUUCUGCAGCUUCCUGCAGCGCCGGUUGAAGCGGCGCCAUGACCGGCUCAGAGAACAGUGUCUGCGGACUGUGGAGAUGGAGCCGCUCGCCGCUCAGCCCGCCGGAUAUCCCCUCGCGCCUCCACCGGCACAGCCACCGCAGCUGCAGAGGGAGCCCCCGUCGCAGAUCUGCCCUUCUCAGACGCUGGGUCCACCCAUUGCUCUGCCUGUUCCUCAUCUGAUGCCACAAGCGAACUGGGUCAGCAUGCCAGACACGGAUAUAUUUGGAAUGCCGCCCUGUUAUGAGGAAGCAGUCCUGAUGGAAGAUCCCCCUCCGCCCUACAGCGAGGUCUUGGCCGACCCACGAGGGGGAACCUACCUAAAGCCCAUCCCACUCCGGGGAGCGCCGCUGCACUUGAGGGAAAACCGUGACCCGUGUUCAGUUGUCACGUCCGAGACCAGCAAGCUCCCCGUGGCGACAGUGUUCCCCAACCGGGGUUACUCCUCGCUUAUUCGCCUACCUUCAUCCCAGCGCUGGGACUCGUUGGGUCAUCUCCUGUCCAACAUGGAUCUGAACCUAAACAGUCUGACCCCGCCAGGGGCGCGCUCACUUCAGGCCGCCGCUGCCAUGGCAACAAUGCCACGCAGGGAGCACAGGACUCAUCAUGAGGGUCUGCGAGGUGAAAUAAGUGGACUUCAGGGGGGCAUGCAGGAUUUUCAGGGAGGCUUUCAGGGAAUUCAGGGGGUUCACAGACUGAGUUUGGAGCAUAGCUGCGGCAUGCCAACCGCCUUCCCUUUGCUGGGUCGGAGCACUGCUGUCUGAACCUGGAUCCUCACUGGGAACAUCUAACCAGCCAAUAAGACAGACAGUAUGUGACUUCUUCAAAAGACAAACUCACUGCCGGGACAACUCCUUUAAUGCUAAUAAAUGCUGCUACAAGUAGAGAUUAUACUCCCCCAGGGGCUGCAGAUGGGGCAGGAGUGUACUACUUACCAUUCAGGGAUAAUGUGCACAUAGAAAAGGAAACAAAAAGCUUUGAACCAGUAUUGUUGAGCUACAACUGUACUCAGCCGUCAUAUUUGAAACUAAGUUAAAGAACUGUGGAGGUGCAGAAAAGAAGAGAGAAGCCAUAAUGAGGUAAAGAUUUGCAACAAACGAGCUGCAAAUCUAACCUUUCCUGGUCUUUAUUUCCAUAACCACCUUCUCUUUUUGCUUCUGUCUCUGAGCCACCCAUUGUACCGGCCUGCUGUUGCCAUGGCUCCGAAGAACUGCCCGUUUACUCUAUCUGCUCAGAUUUUUUUUAAACUCAGCUCACAUCCUCCCAAGAACCGUGAGAAUUAAGACGUAGAAAAGGAGCACACGGUGACCUUCAGUGGGACCCAGACAUCAUGUUUGUGACUCCAAACAGAAGGCCAAGCUUCUUUUUGGGAUGGAGUAGAACUAAACAGAACCAAGUGAUUUUUGUUUUGUAACUUGCUGCUUUGUCAUUUUCAGUGCCGUCUUGACUGUCAGUAGGGAUUUUGUUUUUUAUCACAACAUGCCAGCUGGCUCUCUGAAAUGAAAAGGACCUUUUUUCACAUACAAUCACAAAAACAAUCUGUGAAACAUUGUCAGAAAGGCCUUUUUUUCCCUGUGUAAUAAAAUAUUUCUCCACUA